ACUUCAAUGGAGAGGGAAAAUGCUGCUUUCCCUCCCUAAACCCCUGGGUCUUUCUUUUUAAAAGCAACCCUUCUGGAGGAGGGUAGGGAAGGUUUGGUGAGGAUGAGGCAGCGAGCAUCCGCCUCCCACACCGGGGCGAAUUCGCCACGCCGCUGCCUUCUCUCCACCCCAAAACGCUUCCUGCAGCUUUCCCCCCACUGCCGCCGCCCUUUGGCAAAGCCCAGCUGAUUUCCAAACCCUCCGUGGCUGCUGGGGGUUGGUGCAAAGGUUUAAUUAUUUGCUUUUCCUCGGGAGUGGAGCGCCGGGACGGGGAGAAGGUCAGGUCCUGCCAUCGGCGGCUGCAAAGCACGGCCACUGGUGCAUGCGGCCACUCUCCCAGCCCUUCCUUCCCCAGCUCCCAGAGCCCACCAUGGCUCCACAGGCAUUUUGGUGCUCCGUCUCCCUGCUUUGCUGCUCCUUCCUGAGCACGGCAAAAGGGGACCCGCAGGUGCUCUCCUUCCCACCGGGCAGGCAGUACCAGUACCGCUACACACUGUCCAUGCGGCUGGACCCCGUGGCUGAGCCGUCCCCCAGGGGAGGCUGGCUGCAGGCAGAAGCACUGCUCGGGGUGCACCGGCUCUGGAGGGACCCAGGCAGGGAGGAGCUGCUCCGGGUGCAGAUCCAGGACCUGAAAGCCCGACAGCAGCCAGAAGAGGUGAAGGGGCAGGAUGGUGCUGGAGGUCCCCCUGCGGAGAUCGCGCUGAGCCCGGAGGCACAGGCAGAGCUCCAGCAGCCAAUUUUCAUAUCCUGGAGCAGUGGCAAGGUCAAAGCCCUCUAUGGGGACGAAGCAGAAGGCACCCUGAUCUCCAACCUGAAGCGAGGCAUCGUCAGUCUGCUCCAGCUGCAGCCCCACGCCGGCACCACUGUCGAGGAGGAUGCCUCCGGAAGCUGCCAGGUCACGUACACCGUGUCCAACCACUCCAUCACAAAGACAAAAGAUCUCCUCAGCUGCACAAAGCCAAAGUUGGGAUUCACCUCCGUGAACAAAAUUUUUGGAGUCCAGUGGCAGCCCACCAGCAGAAGCCAGUACGUGGUGAAAGAUGGCAUGCUCCAGUCAGUGCUGGCAGAGGAAAGCCACAUGGUGGCUCUAGCCCUGAGGUCCACCACCGGUGUCAAAAUCAGCUCGAGGCAGCAGCUCGAGCUGGUGUCCUCAUCUCCUGCCCCAGAAGAAGAGGCCAGAAGGAGCCUCGAGGAUGCGCUGGCUGGCACGGAUGGCCAGCACCAGCCCCUGGGCAUGGCCAACCUGCCCUUCAGGAGGGGCUGCACCCACUGCCCCUCGCUGGUAGCCUACCUGAAGACCUUUGACGGCCAGAGAGCCAAGAGGGACGUCUCGCAGGCGGUGGCCGCAUGGCGGUUCCAGAGGUUCAUCCAGAUGCUGCGCGGCGCCAAGAGGAAAGAUGUGCUGCAGCUGCUGAACAGGGCACCCGAGGAGAUGCUCCCCUUCGUCGUGGAGGCAGCGGUGGCCGCGCAGUCAGUGGCAUCCUUGGCGGCUCUCUCGGAUUUCCUUGACUUCAGCAAGGAGCCCAAGUCCCUGCUGGAGACAUUUCUCUAUGCAGCAGCUUUCUCCCCCAGGCCUUCAAAAGAGCUCCUCCGCUUGGUGCUGGACAAGCUGGAUGGGAAGCAGCUGGCCCCCGAGGUGCGGGAGACGGGGGUGGUUGCCCUGGGCUCCCUGGUGGGCAAGCUGUGCCGGCAGCGGCUGCGCAGGCUGCAGGAGGUGGAGCGUGGCGUUGAAGCCAUCCUCACAGGGCUGAGGGGUGCCAAGGAGGAGCCCGAGGCGGUGAUCCACCUGCUGGCCCUGGGGAACGCGGUGCUGCCCGAGACCGUCCCCAUCCUCCUGGAGCACGCAGAGGAAGGUCCCACUGCCAUCUCGGCCGCGGCCAUCUCUGCCCUGCGGAGAUUCCCUGCUCGGCACAUCUCCAGCGAGGUGAAGAGGGCGAUGAGGAGGAUUUUCCAUGAGAAGAGGAAGAGCUAUGAGAAAACAUGCCGCCUGGCCGCUGCAGAAAUCCUCCUGGACAGCCAGCCCUUGCCCAUGGAUGUCAUCAACAUCCUGCUGGCCACGGGGGAAAUGGAAACAGAAACAGCGACAUUCCUGCUGCACAAGGUCCAGAGCAGCCUGCGUGCUGACCACCACCCAGCAAGGAAGAUAAUGAAGGACAUCAUGGGAGACUCACAGAUAAACAACUACCACCACUUCUCGAAAGCUGGCAUCUCCUCCUCUUUCUUGGGACCUCUGACAGCCACCGAGAACCUGCUCUCGACUUUUGGGCUGGAUCUGCUGUUUUUGGAGAGCGGGUUCCUGAGAAAAAGCGUCUCUGACUUCUCGCUGCUCAGCCACGACAGGCAGCUCCGUGCAGCUCAGGUCACUAUCGAAGCCCAAGGGAUGGAGUCUAUGCUGGGAGAGAGCGUCCUGGAAGGGGAAGAGGAGACAGAGCUCAUGGCCGGGAUGUCCGCUGUCUUCUUUGACGUUCAGCUGCGGCCAAUUGUCUUCUUCCAGGGGUACGCAGACUUAAUGGCCAAGGUUCUACUAAGCAGCGGAGAGCCCACAAGCGUGGUCAAAGGGAACCUCCUGCUGAUGGACCACCACCAGGUCAUUCCCCUACAGUCCGGCCUCCAAGUGGUGGUCAAAGUCCUGGGCGGGCUCGGGCUCGAUAUUUCGGCCAACGUGGACGUGAACAUUUGGGAGCAGGAGCUGAGGACCAGCAUCAACACCAGGGGAAGCCUCGCCAUCGAUUUCCAGGCAGAACUAGAUGCCCCUUUCCUCCAAACCACCGUGAGAAGCCAGACAGAAGCGGAGUCCUCCAUCCACUUCGACACCUUCCUGAGGUUUUCCAGCAGCCCAGUGCUCAUGUGCCUACAGCUGGGAGAGGAGCAGGUCCCAUACAGAGAGAUCUUCACAGUCUCCAGAUCUGCUGGGAACCAGAGCAGCACUGCUCGAAAGGGCAGGCAGGGCGCUGUGCCCAGCCGGGAGCUGGCCUUGCACCGGGACAACUCCAGGGCAUGCAGCCUCCUGCUAGCAGCAGAGAAGGAAGCGUAGGAGAACCAGAGCACUUUGGGACUAGAUUACUGCAUCCUCUCCUGCCACGUGCCCCAGUUCUCCAUGAGCCCAACGUGCCCUGCCUGAUUCCACCACAGCCAUGAUGGGAAAUGAUGAAAUGGAGGCUUCAGAAGAGACCGAGAGGAACUGCUGCAGGUCAUCAAGAGGUAUCUCUGGUUUGGGGCCAGGUCUGACCUUCCCACCCUGGACUUUCUUUAUCCUGAGCUCUUCUCCUUCAUGGCUUGCUUGAAGCCAGAGUGGUCCAAAUAACAAGCCUUGUAAAAUUCUGUCUUCUGCUGCAAAUAAGUUUCUGAUAGCCUAAGAAAGUGGUCUGCAAGCUGAUACCCAAAAAUGCCAUGUUUCCCCCACCCCAUUUAUUAGGCAGUCAGAAGGGAACACAUCUACAGCUGGCCAGCAGCAGAUUGCCCACAGAGGGAGUGAAUGGCACACACCCCCUUAACGCACAGUUUUGUGAUGCUGAGGAGUCCAGGAACAUGGAAAAUUUUAUUUCUGGAGGAGGCAUGGGGUUUCUUUUAUAUAUGUAUAUGUAUUAAUGCAGCCACAGACAUUCACCCCAGAAUAAUCCUCAGGGAGAAACAGCACAGAAAAACAAAAUGCUAUAUAACCUGUUGCCACUUACUGUAUGUUCUUUCUAGCAUAAUCAGCUGUGUUUGCAUUUAUUCGCAUAUGAAGGCAGCCCAGCUCUGUGCCAUCCUGUUGUUCCCGCAGGGAAUGUGCUCUCUGUUGCCAGGGAUAUGGUCAGUGCCACAGCAGGCAGCAAGGGUGAGGCCAGCAGGGGAAUAGCUUGGAUUUCACUGGGGUCAGAUUCCUGCUUGGGGCAACAAGAAAAAAAGGAGCAAGGCAGAGGAAGGUGACCCACAGACCUUUGGGAAACCAAAACAAAGUUAAGGGAGUGUACCCAACAGCAAGAGACCCUCCCUAAAAGCACGGACCUGCAGUCUCAGCCCUCACCUCAAAUCAGGGAGAAUCAUAUUGAAGAUGGAGAUGAAAAACGUGGAACAAGUGGUGGAGAGCCACCAGCUGCUGGGGGAGGUCAGGAGGAGAUGGGGGACUGUGGAGCCUGGAAUGGCUGCAGGAAAGGGGAAGAACAAGGGCAUGCCAAGGUAUUAAACCAUCAUCACAACUCUGCAUAUCACCCUUGUGGUGCUGAUCCUCAUC